CGCAGCAGCGCAGCCGGCGCGGGGAGCGGGCCGCGAAGGAACUCUCGUCUCCCCACCUUCACCACAGCAACGAUGUCUCUGACUCGGACGGAGCUGUUUGUGGACGGCCACUGGCGCAAGUCCUCUGAUGGGUCGACGUUUGAAGUGGUGAACCCUGCCAAUGGCGCCCGUCUGCAGGCGGUCAGCGACGCCACGGCGGAGGACGUGCGGGACGCCUGCCAGGCGGCCGCCAGCGCCUUCGCAGCCUACCGGAAAACUACGGUCAAGGAGCGGACGGCCAUUCUGCACAAAAUCCGAGACCUUCUCUUGGAGUCCAAGAAAGAAAUCGGGGAAAUUCUGUGCCUGGAAAAUGGAAAGCCGCUGGCCGAGGCCGAGGGAGAGGUCGGCUUCGCCGCCAGCUUCUUCGACUGGUUCGGGGCCGAAUGCCGCCGCGCCUACGGCCAGCACAUCCCGCCGCCGGCCGGCGACCGGCAGCUGGUCACCGUCAAGCAGCCGUGCGGCGUCGCGGCCAUCAUCACCCCGUGGAACUUCCCGAUCGGGAUGCUGGCGCGCAAGACGGCGGCGGCGCUGGCGGCCGGCUGCUCGGUGGUGAUCAAGCCGGCCGAGGACACGCCGCUGACGGCGCUCGCGUUCGCCGCCGUCUGCGAGCGCGCCGGCCUGCCGCGUGGCCUCGUCAACGUGGUGCCCUGCUCGCGCGGCCGCGUCGCCGAGCUGGGCCGCCUGCUGUGCGCCGAGCCGCUGGUGCGCCUGCUCAGCUUCACCGGCUCGACGGCCGUCGGCCGCCUGCUGUACCGCGACUGCGCCGAUGCCGUCAAACGCAUUCACCUGGAGCUGGGCGGCAACGCGCCGUUCGUCGUGUUCGACUCGGCGCCGCUGGAGCUGACCGUGCGUGGCGCGCUGGCCGCCAAGUUCCGCAACACGGGCCAGACGUGCGUCUCCACCAACCGGCUGUUCGUGCAGGCCGGCAUCUAUGACAGGUUUGUCGAGGCACUGGCGGAAGGCAUGAAGAAAACUCUCCAGGUGGGAGACGGCAUGGUGGCCGGCAACAACCAGGGUCCGCUGAUCAACAAGCGGCAGCUGGAGAAAGUCCAGGCGCUGGUGGCGGACGCUAUGGCGCACGGCGCGCAGGUGGUGAUGGGCGGCCGCCAGCCGCCGCAAGGUGGCCUCUUCUACGAGCCGACGCUGCUGACAAGCGUCAGUCGCCAGAUGCGUCUCUACACUGAGGAGAUCUUCGGCCCGGUGGUGGCCGUGUACAAGUUCAGCACUGAGGAAGAGGUGAUCCAGAUGGCCAACGACACCAACAUGGGCCUGGCAGGCUACUUUUACACCAGCGACUACCAGCAAUCGUGGCGCGUGGCAAUGGCGCUGGACUAUGGGCUCGUCGGUGUAAACGAGGCGCUCAUUUCAACCUGCGAGGCGCCUUUCGGUGGAUUCAAACAUUCCGGUUUCGGAAAGGAGGGCGGUCAGCAGGGCCUGGACGACUUCAUGGAGACGAAGUACAUCUGCUUCGGCGGUCUGAAGCUGUAGCCUGACCUCGAGAGCGCGCAGUCGCAAGCUGAGUCCGCGCUGAACAAUGUGGGCGUCUGCAGAUGACUGCCUCAUGCAGGACCGAGCCCCAAGCCACCUGCCGGUCAGCGUCGUUUGCCAACUCGUGACGAAGUCGGGCCGGACCUGUCCACGGACCGUGACUAGUUCGACUCAGGGGAAAGAAGUGGUGAUUGUCGGUUGCAGAACGCACUACAAAAGAAUGGCUAGACCUGAACAACGCUUCCGAUUUGCAAUAUUGUAACGAACGCUGUUGACUUUGAAUACACAUAUUGCAGCCAA